AUGAAUCAGAAAAGCGAAAGUAAACCAGAACCGAUGAAUACAACGGAGGAGCCGCCACCAGCAAUUGUUGGCUGGUACGCAACCCCAACAGAUGGCAUACACGACACGGAUAUCACGGAAUUUUGUGCACAUCUGGGCACCAAAAACUACAAUUUCGUGGAUUAUCCUGUUGGUGGAAUGAAGCGCUCCAUUUGGAAGCCUGAACAAGAUGGCACUCCGCCGCCAAUCGAUCUACCCGAUUUACAGCUUGAUCCGAAGUUGUGGUCAACAUACAUUGUGGGACGCGUUUCGGACUGGAUUGAUUGCGAUUCGGAGCAACAGUGGCUGGCUGAUCUGUCAUGCACCGAGAUUGAGAAGGUUUGA